UGUCAGGUGGGAUCUAUGAGAGAUAGGAGUUGAAGGAGAUUGGAUUUUGUUGGCCCAGGACGGGGUGAUGAACCUUCAGGUUCGGUAAGCCAUCUAGUUAGUUAGUUAGUUGUGUUCUUUCGGGUUCUGGUCUUCUCCUCCUGACCAUGCAGUCAUAUAUAGGUGGUUACUAGUGUUUCAGAGAAACAUACUGCCUCCAUCUUGAAGGUACACUACCUCAAAUGUAGUGGUUGUAUGUUCUCUGGAAUGUUGAUAACCACGUAUAAGACUGGUGUCAUAUCCCAGAAGACCACAGUAUGGUAAAAAUAUCAACAUUCCUUAGUUUUGUUUAUUUUAAUUUUAAAUUAUAUGAUCAGUGCUGUUACACUUUGAAUGCUGUAAAGCAAAUUGAGAAGAUGCUGAUUAGAAAGACCAGUUGUUCAAUUUCAGAGAGUGAAUGGGAUGUUGGAGUCGCCAACAGGCACAGGCAAAACUCUGAGCCUGUUAUGUGCUUCUCUUAGCUGGCUUACCGUAAAGAAGGCCCAGCAACAGGCAGAGUCCCUAGGACUGUACAAUCUUCCAGAUGGUGCCUUUGUGACUGGGCUGCAGAAUAAACUGAGGGAGGCAGCAGGCCCUGUGAACACAGCUAGGACUGGUGCCUCAUCAUGGGAUUCUGGCAGUACACAGAUUAUCUAUGCCUCGCGGACACACUCGCAGUUGUCACAAGCUAUUCAGGAGCUGAAGAAAACUGGCUAUGUGAACACAAAGGUAGCAGUUCUCGGUUCUCGGGACCAGAUGUGCAUCCAUCCUGAAGUGUCAAAAGAGGAAAACAAUAUUGCAAAGAUGCACAAAUGUCUGUUGGUACAAUUUUCACAAAACAAAGAAGAUGAAAAUUGUGUUAACCACAGAAAUAUUACAAAGAAGAUCGAAUCACUAUUUUAUUCAAAACAAAAACAUAAAGAAAAGUAUACAUAAAAGUGUGAAGCUGCUGCAGAAAUUCAAAUGAGUAUAUUACUCUUGGUGAAUCCAAAGAAUAUUGAGUGAUUUGCAACAAAUGUCCAUAAACUGCAUUUUAAUGAAUAUCCAUUACAUUCAUUUGAAAAUGAUACAUUCAUAAGAUACUAAACACUUUUUAAAGCAGUUCCUGCAAAAGCCAGGAGGAAUGUAGAAUAAUGUUGUAGUUAUUUUUCUCUUGGUAGAUGACUCUAAUUAAUAUUGAUAAAUAAGUAGAAAAGGAAUAAAGAUAACAUUUUUAAGACACAAAAUUCAUAUCUCCAUUAUGAAAAAUGUGAUG